AUGAGAGGCUGCAAAUCCCUAGCGUUGAUCGCGCUCAGCAGCUUGACAACAGCCGGGCAAACAAACUACGCACAAUAUGUGAAUCCCUUUAUCGGAGCUGAAGGGCCAACACCAGGCCGGGCUUUCGGCGGCGGCGACAUCUUCGUUGGCGGCGCCGUGCCGUAUGGUGUUGUUAAGCUGGGGAUUGAUACGUACGAGACUAAUCCGCAGAUGGCGGUGUUGAAUGGCGGGUUUACGCCCGAGGGGAAUGUGACGGCCGUUUCUAUGAUACAUGUUAGUGGGACGGGGGGGUGUCCGAAGUACGGAGUGAUUUCGCAAAUGCCCCUAACGACAACAUCCGCGCCGGUGGAUAUCUUGAAUAACCGGACGUACUGGCAACAUCGCGUUGGCAACGACACCGCGCGUGUUGGGUAUUUCAAAACGGAUUUGGAAAGUGGGGUGAGGGUUGAGUUAUCAGGGACUGCACAUGCUGGUAUCUUGCAAUAUAGUUUCCCGGCUGGUGAGAAAAACGUGCUGGUUGAUCUUACACAUCGACUGCCCAGCGCACGUGGUAGCAGCUGCACGCAACGUUAUGUCGAUUCUGAAAUCUCGAUAUCGGAUGAUGGGACCGAGUACACCGGGUACGGCGUCUACGAGGCGGGUUGGAACGAAGGCGCGCCGUAUAAAGUGUAUUUCUGUGGACAGUUCGACUCCGCUCCCGACCAGGCUAAGGCGUUUAACGCAGAGAAUAGCACGACGCCUGAUAUGGGUGGUAAGAGACGGAAAGCGCGGAGUCGGCAUGAUACCGUUGGUGCGCUGUUCACAUGGAACGAUACCGCCACUGCGUCGACGUUGCGGUCGAGGGUGGGGAUAUCGUUCAUUUCUGCGGAGAAGGCGUGUGCGUUUAAAGAUGCGGAGGUUCCGACGUGGGAGUUGAAUGAUACGGUGGAAAAGGCGGUGAGCAAGUGGAAUGAGGAUAUUUUUAACACGGUGAGAGUUGGUGUUGGAGAGGGGGCUAAUACGACGGAUCUUACGCUAUUGUAUUCGUCGCUUUAUUUUGCGCAUCUCAUGCCGAGUAAUCGGACGGGGGAGAAUCCGGGGUGGCCCAAAGCGUACACGGAACAAAUCCUUGCCCUGAUUGACAUCUAUCGACACGAUGGGUUCCUUCCAGAUGGGCGGUCUGGGAACUACAACGGGCUUUCACAGGGCGGGUCAAACGCUGACAACGUAUUGGCUGACGCAUACGUCAAAGGCCUACGCAACGGAAUCAACUGGACAGAUGCAUAUGCAGCGAUGCUGAAAGACGCAAAAGUCAUACCGGAUCUCCGCUUCAAAGACAAAGAAGGGCGAGCCGCGUUAGCAGAUUGGAAGAAGCUGGGCUACGUGAGCCAAGACCUGAAUGAGCGCUGUGUGUCAAGAACUGUGGAAUACAGUUUAAAUGACUUUGCCGUAGCGCAAGUCGCCGCGGGGGAAAGGCCGGAAGAUGUGGAAAAGUAUUUGCAAAGAAGCAAGGGGUGGCAGAGGACUUGGGAUCAUGAUGCUGCCAGCAAGGGAAUCGAGCCAGCAUUCAAAGGAUUCCUAACACCGCGACUAUCAAACGGCACGUUCAAUGCUUCGGACUACAAUCCCGCACAGUGCGGCGGGUGCUCGUGGAGCGCGAUUACCUACGAGGCUACACCAUUCGAGUACUCGUUCAACGUCCCACACGACAUGGCCACGCUGAUUGAGUUUAUGGGGGGAAAAGAUGAGUUUGAGCGGAGACUCGAUCACAUGUUCAAGCCAAAUAGUAGUCAACAAGACCUGGGGGUUAAUGGCGCUGGUAUUAAUACGUUGAUGAAUAUUGGAAACGAGCCCGACUUCCAAACCCCCUACCUCUACAACUACAUCAACAAACAAUACAAAAGCGUGUAUCAAUCCCGCGCCUUGGCCCGGAAAUACUUCACAACCGCACCCAACGGCCUCCCCGGAAACUCCGACGCCGGCGCCCUCAACUCUUGGUUAAUCUGGCAGAUGAUCGGCCUCUAUCCUGUCGUCACGCAACCGAUCUACCUGAUUGGCUCGCCGUGGUUUCCAGAUCUCAAUAUGACGGUGAAUGGGAAUAGGACGUUGAGAAUUACUGCGGAGGGACUGGGCAGGGAGAGUUAUUAUGUGCAGAGUGUUAAGGUGAAUGGGAGGGAGUGGACGAAGAGUUGGGUGGGGCAUGAGGAUGUCAUGGUUGAGGGGGGGACGAUUGAGUUUGUUUUGGGUGAGAGGGAGAGGGCUUGGGAGGGUGAGGGGGAAGGGCCGGGGAGUCCGGGGGGUGGGGGGUUAGGGGGAAAGUAG